CAGAGGUAGCAGAGGAGAAAGAGAAACACACGGAGCCUGGCAACUAAUGGAUUACUCUCAGACUGUUGUGAACUACACAGCAGCCAAAUGCCAUUAACCACAAGGCAAAUUCAGUACUGACAUAUUGACACACAUUUAACUACAGCCUAUAACACCCUACAAGCUCUGAACACAUUUAGAUCACAUAACAUUUGAGACAGACAGUUCUAACACUGGUCUCUUGAUCUACAUUAGCGUAAACAGACAAACUGAUUCAAUGAUCCCUCACACAAUCACAGAGACAAUGGACAUGCAUGGACUUCACUGUUGAAUCAAAGGGACAAAGAUGUGAAUUGUGGUGAGGAUUUGGACACCUUUGUGAAACAUCACUGAAGAGGAUCACAAGCAAAAGCAUGGAAAGUAUCUCAGAGAAAACGGGUUGGGAUGGAUUAGGCCACUCCUCUCUGACAUCUGCGACAGCAGGAAGAAACAACUUCACUUCCUCCCUCUUCUCCGACUUCACGUCCCUCAACAGUUCUCAUGGAGGCGCAGGGUCCUACUAUUGGAUUAUCCCAGAGAACGCCUCAACCACCACGCCCCAAGCCAUACCCCAGCCCAGGGUGAGGGAUCUGGGCCUGGCCCGGGCCGAGAUAGGGGUGCUGGGCCUGGUACUGGCCCUGACUACCCUGGGAAACGGCUUUGUACUGUGGGUGCUGCUUCGCCGGAGGAAACAAAACGCUCCCAUGCACCUGUUCAUGGUCAACCUGUGUCUUGCUGACCUGGUGGUGGCGCUGUUCCAGGUACUUCCCCAGCUGGUGUGGGACAUCACAGGAAGGUUCCAGGGGCCGGAUUUUCUGUGUCGCUCAGUAAAGUACCUGCAGAUCGUAGGGAUGUUCGCGUCCUCCUAUAUGAUCGUUGCCAUGACGGUAGAUCGGCACUAUGCCAUCUGCUGCCCACUGCAAGCCUACCGUGGUGGGUCCGUGUCGCGCUGGAACACCCCUAUCAUGACGGCCUGGGGCCUGGCCCUACUGCUCUCCAUACCACAGUUCUUCAUUUUCUCGCGGUCGGAGGUGUCUCCAGGAGAGUUUGAGUGCUGGGGUCACUUCGCUGAGCAGUGGGGGCUCAAGGCCUACAUCACCUGGAUGACCCUAGCAGUGUUCUUACUGCCAGCACUAAUCAUCACCGUCUGCCAGAUCCGGAUCUUCAGAGAGAUUCACAACAACAUCUAUCUGAAGUCAGAGAGGAUGGUGUCAGCAGAGCUCAAGAAGAACAACGCUGUCAUCUUCCGCUUCCACAGAGUCAAAAAGGAGGACGGUAGAAUGACAAGGGAGCGGGGGAGAGGAGGAGGAGGAGGAGGGGGGAGAGGAGGACAGCUUCUAAAGACUAUGAACAACAACCCCUCCAGCUCCCCCUUCUCCCCCCUGUCGACAGCUGUGCCCCCAUCAGACUGCUAUGACUAUCCGUCCCCCUGCCCACAGUGCAGCAGCUGUCACAAUGACCACACAGCAGCAGCAGCAGCGCAGCAAAACCCCUUCAACAUCCCAGAUAACCUCCCCGUCCCCUCCAACCCUGUCCUUAGUGACCGAAGGGGCGCCGGUACAGCUGUAGUUCCCAGAUCACAUGGCUCCCAUGGCCCAGUCACCUCUGGUGGAUGUAGUGGUGGUUCAGUGCCUCCUAACAAUGGCAGUUGCUACUGCCAUGAGUCCUACACCUCCUUCGAGCUCCCCUCCUCCCCCCGGCAUGUCCCCUCUCCACGCCCCUCCCUGGAGUACCCUCCCCCACCCCCACCGCCCCUGGCCCUGACUCCCCCCUCCAUCUCCAAAGCCAUGUCUAAGACGGUGAGGAUGACUUUAGUGAUAGUGUUGGUGUACACCGUCUGCUGGUCCCCCUUCUUCAUCGUCCAGCUGUGGGCCGCCUGGGACCCCAACCCUCCAGACCAAGGCGUGGCGUUCACCAUCCUGAUGCUGCUGGCCAGUCUGAAUUCAUGUACCAACCCCUGGAUCUACACCUUCUUCAGCAGCUCUGUGUCCAGGGAGCUACAGGCCCUGUUACGCUGCAGACCAAGAACCCCGCGCAGGGGCUCCAUACCUGACGACUCCACCACCACACACACCUCCACCACCACACACACCUCCACCACCAUGGACAGCCUCUACUGACACACACACGUACGGUCCCAGUCAAAAGUUUGGACACACCUACUCAUUCAAGGGUCUUUCUUUAUUUUUGCUAUUUUCUACAUUGUAGAAUAAUAGUGAAGACAUCAGAACUAUGAAACAACACAUAUGAAAUCAUGUAGUAACCAAAAAAUUGAUAUCUCAAAUAUAUUUUAUAUUUGAGAUUCUUCAAAGUAGCCACCCUUUGCCUUGAUGAAAGCUUUGCACACUUUUGGCAUUCUCUCAACCAGCUUCACCUGGAAUGCUUUCCCAACAGUCUUGAAGGAGUUCCCAGAUAUGCUGAGCACUUGUUGGCUGCUUUUACUUCACUCUGCUGUCCAACUCAUCCCAAACCAUCUCAAUUGGUUGGGUGAUUGUGCCAGGUCAUCUGAAGCAGCACUCCAUCACUCUCCUUCUUGGUCAAAUAGCCCUUACACAGCCUUGAGGUGUGUUGGGUUAUUGUCCUAUUGAAAAACAAAUGAUAGUCCCACUAAGCGCAAACCAGAUGGGAUGGAGAAUCACUACAGAAUGCUGUGGUAGUCAUGCUUGUUAAGUGUGCCUUGAAUUCUAAAUAAAUCACAAACAGUGUCACCAGCAAAGCACCCCACACCAUCACACCUCCUCCUCCAUGUUUCACGGUAGAUCUCACAAAGACACGGCGGUUGGAACCAAAUAUCUAAAAUUUGGACUAAAUAACAGAUUCCCAACGUCUAAUGUCCAUUGCUUGUGUUUCUUGGCCCAAGCAAGUCUCUUCUGUGUCCUUCAGCAGUGGUUUCUUUGCAGCAAUUCGACCAUGAAGGCCUGAUUCACACAGUCUCCUAUGAACAGUUGAUGUUGAGAUGUGUCUGUUACUUGAACUCUGUGAAGCAUUUAUUUGGGCUGCAAUUUCUGAGGCUGGUAACUCUAAUGAAUGUAUACUCUGCAGCAGAGGUAACUCUGGGUCUUCCUCUCCUGUGGCGGUCCUCAUUAGAGCCAGUUUCAUCAUAGCGCUUGAUUGUUUUUGUGACUGCAAUUGAAGAAAAUGUCAAAGUUCUUGACAUUUUCCGUAUUGACUGACCUUCAUGUCUUAAAGUAAUGAUGGACUGUCGUUUCUCUUUGCUUAUUUGAGCUGUUCUUGCCAUAAUAUGGACUUGAUUUUUUACCAAGUAGGCCUAUCUUCUGUAUACCAUCCCUACCUUGUCACAACACAACUGAUUGGCUGAAAUGCAUAAAGAAGGAAAAAAAAUCCACAAAUUAACUUUUAACAAGGCGCACCUGUUAAUUGAAAUGCAUUCCAGGUGACUACCUCAUGAAGCUGGUUGAGAGAACUUCAAGAAUGUGCAAAGCUGUCAUCAAGGCAAAGGGUGGCUACUUUGAAGAAUCUACAUUUUUGUAACACUUUUUUUGGUUACUACAAGAUUCCAUGUUUUGAUGUCUUCGCUAUUAUUCUACAAUGUAUAAAAUAGUAAAAAUAAAGAAAAGCCUUGAAUGAGUAGGUGUGUCCAAACAUUUGACUGGUACUGUAUAUACACACGUGAAGCUAUAUAGAGAAGACACGAGCACAAACACACCAUUGACCAUCGGACAGCCCGCACUGACCCCAACAUGGAAACAAGGACAGCUGUGUUAUGGCCGGGAAGGAAGGACCCCUAUGAAAUAUCACCUGUCUGUCUGCCCCUUCUGUCUCCUCUCACCGAGGAGGUUGUUAUUGAACGAGAGGAAAAACGUGAGUGAGUCAUGAAAUACAGACCUAAACAGCAUGGAAUAUAAACAUACUGUACAUUGAUUCAUUUGAGGCUACUGUCUCUACAUCUCUGUUUCUGUCUAAACAGAAUAGUACAAUUAUAGUAGGAAUGUGAUUCCCUUCACGGCUAGUCACUUCACCCCAUGCAAGAGAACAGGCGGAAUGAACUACAUGCCUGAGAGAGAGAGAGAGAGAGAGAGAGA